GUACACGAACGCUCGCGUACCGGCAACGCGCUUCAGUAUUGAUCGCGCGUUUGACGGUAUUACACGGUACCGACAAUGAUUCCGGAUUUCGAAUGUGUAUAGCAAUAAUAGACUAUUUUAGUAUGGAGUGAAGUGCUUAAUAGUUCGUCAUGUCGAAGAUCCCCAUCGACAGAAAUGGCAAGCUGCGCAUCCGAGGCAUCUACUCCAUGAAGAGUAUUGAUGUCAUCAAUCCCUCCAAGGACAAACAAGCCGACACAGCAGACAAGGCGAAAAACAUCGAUGCGGGGACUAAAGCGGACAACAAAGAACUAUUCUGUAGUAACUACCUGAACCUAGUUCCAAAAAUGAGCUUGAGCUUAGAUAAAGGACUGGAGAAAAACCCCCGAAUAUUAGAUUUAAGGGAAAAGUUGAACGAAAUAACUAAAAAGCAGGACAGAAACGUGGACAAAGAAACUAAAGGACUGAUUAAUGGUAUCACCCAACUAGUUGAUGAAAAGGAACAAGACGAAUCUGGCCCUUACAGCCUCUUGUUCGAUCUUCAACCAUCCACGUUCAAAGAAAGUAUUGAAAAAGAUCUGCUGCAUACGCAAAGCUUAAAGAACUCGACUGUUUCUAUUAACAAAAGUGCCGAAAGGCUUCCUAACGUUAUAAAUUUCGACGAAAAACCGAUGAGAGAAUUCGAAUACUCAUGCGAAAAUCAAAUUACCUUCCCCGUUACGAAAACGUUUAAUACUCACUCAAGGUCUGACCUCUGUCUGCAACUCAAAUCGCAGAUAAACCCUCGAAUAUAUGAUACGAAUUUGAGCCCCAAUGAUAAUUCACUUAAUAGGACUAAUGAAGAAAACUCACUCGAUGAUAGUUUGGGAAUCCUAACUCCAGAUCAGAUGGACGAUAUUUGCUACCUAGAAAAUGCCUUUUCUCCAACUGUGGAAGGACUUCCGAUAUUCUGUGAUAACAAUGAAAGUAAAGUAUCGCCUGAUUGUAGUGAUACUCCAUCAACUGAUAAGACUGACAGCAAUUCAGCAGUUUCGACGAUACAAAAUGAUGAGUUUGAAAGAAAUGACUGCACUGCUCCCAUAUCAAGAAACAUAGAGUCGGUAAAAUCCGAGAAAUUAUCGAAAUCUUGUGAUAAUUUAUCUGCUCAAAACACUAACUGCUUAACGACUAAAGUCAAUUACUCAGUGACAAGCAUGGUUAAAGAAAGUAAAACGGAACAAACAGACACUGCCAAAGACGAGUUAACCCCAAAUGUGAUAGAUGACGAGUUCAUGCCUUCUAUUCACAGCAGUAUUUUAGAGCCAGUCAGUUCCAUAGCUGAGACAACAGUAAAUCUUGAACUACCAUUAGACUGUAAACUUGAAAACCGUUUGGUAGUUCAAAGGAUAGAACAAACUCCGUCACCUGAAGAUUUGCCUCUAGACAACUCUGACAUUAACGGCGAAAUUAGUUAUAACUCCCAAUUCUCCAACUCAACAUUGCAUGAUUCACAGACGUAUUCUGACAACAAAAAUGACUACCAGAAAUCGAUGGAAACAUCUAAAGUCUCGAAUAGCUUUAUUACCAGUAUAACUAGUAUAACGAGCUUGGACGGUUAUCAAGGCGACGGGGAAAUGUCGAGGCCAGUCAGCAGAACUGCUGACCAUUCAAUAGAACCCCGUGAAGAUGUCAUAGAAAUGGAAUGGCAAAAUGUUCCUGUCACGAGGCGGCCAGAUCCUAUGACCGAUUCAGACUUCUUCACUGAAAGUGACGCAGAUGGCCUCGAUGAUCACAUGCACCGGGGAGAUAGAAAGGCACAAGUGAUUGACGGAGCUUUAUAUGGUGGGAAAAAUAGCAACGGCAACCCGCCUCUGAUGGUGAACAGGAAUGAUGAUUCAUGCAUGGAAUCAAGUGGUGUUUACACAGAUUUCGAGAAUCAUCGUCAGUCACCUGUGUUUUUAAAUGUCAUCGACGACAUGUCUCCUGAGGGCUCGACACCAUCAACACAAUCUGAAUUGAGUCAAAAGAACAUUAAUUCAGGAGAAAGCAAUACUUAUUGCACUCCUAAGGAGUGUACGAACGAAGACUCGUUUAAAAACCCGACUGUAGAGGAAGAUAAGACUCCUAAGAACUCUAGCAAGCGUAAUUCUCUGAACAGUGAGAAAGAUGUUAGAUCGAACGCUAAAAGCAAGGACGAAAAGAGGUGCUUUACACUUAAAAAGUACAAAAUGCCUAAACGUGAUGUGCCAAGCAAAUUAAAAACAAUGUUAGCCAAUCGGAAUACGGACGCCGAUAACAGUGUCCAAAGUAGCCCGAAGACUGUGAAAAAGAUGGAUCGACGAGAAAGCCUAACCAAGAAGAAUUCUUUGGACAUAAAGACGGAUUACAAGAUGAAAUCUUUCAAAGACAUCAAGUCGAAGGUGGACUGUUCUUUCUCCUUGCAAAGAUCUCAAACUGCUUGCAGUGUUAGUAGGAUGUUGAGCUCCAAGUCUACAAACACGAACAUUAAGCCAAAGAGCCGCCACAUGCGUAUGCGCAUGGAAGUCGGCUCGGCCGCCGGCAGCGGCAAGAGCAGCCUCCACAGCUCGCAGAGCGACCUCAGCGCCAGCACGCCGCUGGGGAAGCACCCGGCCAGCCGCUUCCCUCUGCUCAGAAACGGCAAGAAGCGGGACAGCGUCGCAGCGCCGACGCCCCCGCCUGCCCGCCCGCCCCCGACCCCGCCGCAGCCGCCCGCCCAGGCGAAGAAAAAUGGCGUCGUACCGAAGCUGUCAUCUUCACCGGUCGCAGUGCGUGCGCGCACGUCUCUUGCGCCGCCGCCGUCGCCGCGCAAGCCCGCGGCGAGGCGCACUCCAGCGCAGAGGCCGAAUACAUUGCCGACUAACAACAAAGAACCACCCCGCGUGACAGCGGCGGUGGGGCCCCGCAGCAAGCGGGCGCCGACGCCGGCGCGCGCCACGCCCGCGCUCGCGCCGCGCGAGACUCAGGCCGCAGCGCUCGCGCACGCCGCCAAGGGCGUCGAGGCGCUCGGCGUGCUGGUCCAGUAUUUAGUGUUUCGGUUGGACGCACUAAAUGGCGGCUCGUGGCGACUCGAGGCCGAGCGGUGGCGGGGCGUGGCGGCAGCGGAGCGCACGAGCGCCGAGCGGGCCGACCACGACCGCCAGCAGCGGGCGCAGAAGGACCUCGACACAAUCGCUGAAUGCCUGGGCAAGAUAUCGGAGCUAGAAAUGGAGGUGUCUUCCAAGGAGGAGGCGAACGCGCGCCUGCAGGCCGCGCACGUCGACCAGGUCGCCUCGCUCGCUAACGACAUCAAAGGCCUAAAGGACACAAUUGAUUCCCUAAAGCGAGAAGUCGCCGAGAGCAGAGCGCGGCUCCACGCGCACAGCGAGAUAGAGCGCACCCUGCGCGCGCAGCUGGAGGCGGCGCGGACGGAGAUCGAGCGCGCCGACACGCUGCGCGCCGCCGCCGACACGCAGCGCGCCGUCUGCAACACGGCCUGCAAUACCGUGUGCAACCUCACCGACGCCGCCUGCGACCCCGUCUGCUGCGAGGUGGAGGAGUGCGAGCUCAGGCUGAGCGCCAAUGAGGAGUUGAGCACUGACGCUAACGAGUUGGCAGCCGAGGUCCGCUCUCUCCGCGCCGUAAUCGAGCUGAAACAAGCCGAGAUGGCGUCCCUCCGCGACGCGCGCACCGAGCUGAGCGCCGAGCGCGAGCGGCGCGCCACGGCCGAGCGCGAGGCGCGCGCCGCGCGGCACGCCGCCGAGGAGCUGCGCGAGCGCGCCGCCGCCCGCCAGCGCGAGGCCGACCGCCUGCGCGACGACAACCGGAGGCUCAGGGACGCCGCCGCCAGGGACAGGGAUCAGGCCUCGAGGAUCGCGGCGCUCAAUGAGGAGCUCCGAUACAAGCUCAGGCAGAAAUCGCAGGUGGUAUCCCUGCUCGCCGGCGGCGGCUACAUGGAGCGCGUGCGCGGCCGCACGUCGUCGGGCUCGUCGCUGCGCUCGGCGUCGCCCGAGUCGCCGCCGUCGCCCGCCUCGCCCGCGCCCGACGCGGCGCCGCCCGCGCUGCCCGCCGUCAAGGGCGUCGUCGAGAAACACGACUCCGUCAGCUGGGUGCUGGAGAUCGAGGAGACGCCCGAGGAGGUGGCUUCGAGACUGGCGCGGCGCUCGUCGUUCCGCACGUCGGGGUCGCCGAUGUCGUCGUCGGGCGUGAAGCGUCGCGGCGGCGGGUCGCCGGGCGGCUCGCCGGGGCCGGCGCCGGCCUCUCCCGCACCAAACGCCUCCAAGCUGUUCCGGCCCGGCGACCUCGACUUCCCGCCGCCGCCGCCGCCGCUCAAGGAGUCCGCCGGCGAGGCCAUCUACAUCUACGACGACCGCCAGUAUUGAGCCGACGACAGUUCUUUUGUGAAUAUUCAUCGCAAAGUCGGCCCUGAGCGUACCAUACGCUAUACUGAUUCUUUACUGGCUGGCUAUUGAAGGUGUCUCAACCCGGAGACGUGGACUCGCCCCGCCGCCGCUUAAUGAAUCCGCGGCGAGUCAUCUACGUGAUUAUAUUGAGCGCGCGCACCGAUGUGAUAUACUGCAACUAUGUCGCGACUAUAGGCCUAAGUCAGAAUCGACCGUUGCCGAGCGGUUGUGAAGUUUUUGUACUAAUACAAGGCUUACAGCCAGUACUAAAGGCAAUAAGAAAUCGUGUACACGAUGAUAAGUUACAGCUUUUCAAGUGUAAUCGAAUGAUGCUUACAUACCUACAUGGAUAUGCGCAAAUGGAACUAAUGUAUUGUUCUUGGUCAAGUCAGAAGCUAUAGACUGAGAAAGAAACGCUCUUGAAGUUGUGUACAACAAGUUGACGGUUUCAGCAUAAGGACAGCACAGUGUUGUGUAGUAGGAGUAUACUGCACGUACGAAGAGCGAGCAUUUCAAGUAAAAUGCUAUAAAAUCAUACAUGUUAUGUGCGAGUCGUCUCGUUUGUUAGAGUAUCUUGUAUACAUAUGAACUGUAAAAAAGCACCUUGCGAGUGUCAGAGCUACGUUACGUUACAGUAAAAGUUGUGGGUGGUUCGAGUACGGUAACCGUCUAUUUUUACUUGUCGCUAACAAGUUCAGAUAUACCCGAAACAGGGCUUUUAUGAUAUGAGGAAGAAGAAGUGGUACAGACGUAUCACACUCUCAUGCUUCAAACAGUAUUACGCGGACUAAAAUCUCAUGUACGGAGCAAAUGUUAAGUGCGCGAUCGUCAACAGAAGUGUACUUGUGAAGGGAUGACGCUGGCAUUGGACUUGUUAUAUUCUUGCCGGUAUCGUUCGAGGAGUCAUAGUUUUAUAACGAAAAUGUGGGACCCGACCGGUAUGUCUUUAUAGUACCUACUUAAUAACAUAAGAUUUCUGGUAGUUAGAAGAUUGUUUGGAAAUCUAACAUAUUUAUUGUAAUCGAUAGUACCGAUUAUUUUAGAGAGCCUGGUUAUGCGUUGAUAUUGGUAUUUAGUAUACGCGCCGGGCAUAGUAAUUACAUUAAUACGUGUGUAACUGCUUUCAAAAUCUGGUCUUAAAAGUUAAACAUUUGAUUGGGCUUCGGAGGAGUGUUUUGUACCUGUGAAUUGCGUCGAUUUAUAAUGUAUCUUGCACCUUAUAAUUGUAAAAUUGCCGUAGAGUUCAAGAUAGAACUCUAAUAAUUAUAGCAUACCUUGUAUCUUUUAAAUUGUCGUCUUCUCUCUUCUUCUCUGUUAUUUCAAGCACUUGUACCUUUGUUUUCUGUCUCCAUUCUAUCUCAAUCUCAAAUUCUUAUCCUAUAGCGGUAUAGUUACCGAUCCUGCCUUCAGAUUCUUGAUACUUGAAAUUGGCGCAAUAAUUGUUUGUAUUUAUUUACGUUAAGGUGUAAAAAUGUUUAUCCCGGGAUCUUCCGGGCUGUUGUCGGCGGUGUAACAUUUUGUAUUGUUUUGUAUUCAUUACUUAUAUUUAUAACUUGAUUAUAGUUUAUCGUGGUUGUUGGCACUGUAUUAUUUUUAUGUACAAAUAACAAUUUUAAUGAGAAAUUAACUUGCUUAGAUUUAAGAAAGUACUGUGUUGAACUGUAAGAAUUAUAAUAGCCGCAGUAUGUAGUAUGAUACACUAGCAUGUUAAGUUUAUUCCCUCGCAUCGUCUGUCUCAGUUUGACUUGUAUAGUGUGAAAGAGAUGGCUGUUGUUUAAAGGGAUUAUUCUUACCAUGGUAGCCCCCUUGAUUCUGAUAUAGAGUAGGCAGACCGCCCCGCGAACGCUGGCUUACCCUCCGGUCUGAAAACAUGAUUCGUACCAAAGAGUCGCGUUUAUCUACUCUAUGUAAUGUUCCUUAAUUUUAAUUUCUUAGUGUGUCCAUUUUGCAUGUGCAUUAAAGUCAGGUAAUGUUAAUUUUUAUUUAUUUUUAAGCUAAUAAAUAAUACCAUUCCAAAUUAAACAUUGUAAGAGUAAUAAAUGAUAAACAAUAAAAUAAACUAUGUCGAAAUAA